UUGAAGUCGUGUGAUGUGAAAGGAGUGAACGGUGCAGAAGAUCGUGUCAACAUGGUCGAGGUGUUAAGAGACAACUGGUUUCGCUGACCCCUGGACCAUGCAUGCGACCAGCAUUGCUCCCCAUCAUAUCUGAGGCUGAGGUACCCAGACCUCCACAAUCCUCCUUCAAGCAGAAUGGCUUCCGAGCAGGAUUUCCCCAGCCAGCCGAGCAUGGAUUACUUCUCAUGGGGUUUUCGCUUCCAGUUGAUGGGCCUGGGCUUUGCCUUCUACACUGUGAUAUUCCUCCUCUCCCACCUCCUGUCAGUGGUCCUCUCCCAUACUUAUCGUUCCCUGCUGGCCAAGGAGAAGGUGUUUUGGAACCUCGCAGCCACCCGGGCUGUCUUUGGCAUUCAGAGUACAGUAGCAGGUCUCCGAGCGCUGACCCUGGAUUCAGCGCUGUCCCGAGACAAGGUGAGGGGUCAAGAGGACUGGUCGUGGUUUAAUAUCCUCACAGCCACUGGAUUCUUCCUGUUUGAGAACGUUGCGCUCCAUGCCUCCAGCAUAGUGUUCAGGUCAUUUGACCUGCCCUUGGCGACGCACCAUUUCUUCGCCCUGUCAGGAUAUGCGGGAGCAGUGGUGUGGGAUUCCCUGGGCCACUACCUGCCAAUGGUAACUCUGUUGCUGGAGAUGAGCACGCCUUUCACUUGUAUAUCGUGGAUGUUACUGAAGGCCGGCUUGGCUUCAACCCUGUUUUGGAGAGCCAACCAGUGGAUGAUGAUUCACAUGUUCCAUUGUCGCAUGGUGCUCACUUACUACAUGUGGUGGGUGAGUUGGAGCCACUGGAGCGAGAUCAGUACCCACGUGGCCCUGCCUCAACGCAUUCUCUUCUUCACGGGCUUGGCCCUCCUCACAGUUCUUAUCAACCCGAUCUGGACGCACAAGAAGACCAUGCAGCUCCUAAACCCCGUGGACUGGAACUUUGGCAACAAACCCGCACCCCUCAACGGUCCCACAGCAGACCGAACCAAGGAUCCUGUCAAAUCCCACGCGAGCUGAAGGGUCCCUGGGACAUUGGGUCAUGGACGGUUGUAUGUUUGCUGCUUUUGGCUGGAAGUGCUGUGUGACUUGCAUAGAAACUUUCUAAUCCCUUUUUCUUGAACUAGGGUUUGUGAAAUGAUUUUAGAAAGGCUUUUUAAGAUGUACAAGCUUUACUUUUUUUUUUAGUUUUGUAGACAUUGUUUUGUUGUUUUCUUCAUAUUGAUAUCGAUAAGGGCCUUCCCUAAAAAUGACCUUCGUUACAGUUUUUUAUUUUUAAAUGGGGUCCAAAAAGGAGAGUCGUGACAAAGACACCAAAGGUUGUCUUCCAGUGUCUUCCAUCUUCAGAACAUUUGUUUUAGGUCUUUAUUCUGAGGGUUCUGUUUGGUUGGUUUUUAACAGGGAGGGGGGUUGUUUGGGGCAGUGGAACGGGUUGAUGUCUGGUUUACAAAUCUCCUCAGGUCAUGUUACUAUGAAAUAUGCACCUCGCAGUUGCAUGCUGUACCCUCGCUCCAUAAUGAGAAAAAUCCAGAAAAAUGGCGAGACAGCAGUUGCUUUAGAAGCUGUUUUGAAACAUAAAUCCACAAAUCCACCUCUCUGAGGGGAAAGAAACGGUUUGUGAAACUAAAUUACUUGAACAUCUUUGCUCAAGUCCAAAGUUACUUAAAUGCAAUUAAAACAUAUGUAGAGCCUUAUGUAACAGAACGGAUUGUUUAUCCACAGUGAAACCUUGGCAUUUCUCUGAAGGAUUAAGUGACCUUUCUUCUAAGACAGUGGUCCCCAAACUUUUAAGCCAAUGCACCCCCUUCUGUUUCCCGACCGGGUUGAUGCACCCCCAUACCCCACACCUUCAAAAACAAAACAAAAACAAAAAAAAACACAAAAAAAGCAACAUGGCCUAAUUAUAGCCGCAUUAAAGGGCUCAAGUUUAAUCAUGCACAAAUAAUCAGAACACACGUAACAAAAUACUCAAGAGAUAGCAACAAUGCUCUCACAUCCUGAUGAAACUGAAACGACACUGCAACAAAGUUUCAAUAAAUUGCAGCAGUUACAUACAAAAGUUACACACAAGUUUUUUUAAAGAGCAAAAAGGAUGGGUGAGAGCGAGGACACACACGUACAGACUCAGAGGCAGAUAGGCCCAUCAUUAGAGAGGAUGGGGGAAAAUGCUGUCAUAUUUUCAGCCGCAUUACCGAAAAAUUGCAAGUUUAAAUUACAAUUAACCAUAUAUAACAUAGCGGUUACAGAAAUUAGAACACCAGCAAUUGGAAUUGAAUGGCAAUAAAGUUACACACGAUCCACCACAUAAAGAACAAGGAGCAUGACACACACAUAGGCUAAGAAACGGAUAACGUGAAGGAUCCAUUUUAUUACUGUUACACCACCAUUACAUUUUUCCUUUCACGCACCCUCUAGAGGCAGCUUGAGCACCCCGAAGGGUCCGCGAACCACACUUUGGGAAUCCCUCUUCUAAGAGAAGUCGUUGGUAUAUGAUGUGUUGGGGAAUACUGAGGAAGACAGAUGGAAUUUAUCAUACACUGGUCCAUUUGGCCUCUUACAGCAAAUAACAUGGGUCUCUUUGACACAGGCCAGACAGCACGAAAAUAGAGUAAAAUUCUAAUUGGUGACAGAUAAAGAGAAAGCAUACAUGCAGAGUUGUAUUCCAGUUUCUGCAGGCUAAUAACUGGUAAUACUAAUCCUGUCAUGGAGGCACUUCUUUGAAUCUGUGUGCUGAGGUUCCCUCUACAAAGGCGCUGUUCUCCACAGUGGAGGUUCUGUGUCAAGGCCAAAUUGCAGUUGAAAAAAAAAUGACCAGACAAACUUCAAUUAAUUUUUUUUUAUUGUUACCUUUGAUUCAUAAGGCAAAAAAAAAAAUAUCCCAACAGAAAAAAAAAUUACUCCUAUUGAAUUCUCCAAAUUAUAUAACAGGUAACGUUUUGAGGCUUUUGUCAUCAAAUGCCUCAUCAGAAUGAGCGGGGGGUUCAUACAAAGCUCUCGUUGAGAAGGGACAUUUGGCUGUGUGGGUUGGCUUUGUCCAUUGUAUCGGGUUUGAUGGAUGAGGUGGUUUUGUAUUUUGUUUGGUUAUGGUAGUACUUACACUUUGAGGUGUUCUGAAGGAGGGCACCACAAUUUUUGGAAGUGCAUUCUGUGGUUAACACUGUUGGUUAAUUUGAUCUCACACAUGUAAAUAAUGUGUAUCCUUUUAGCAUUAUUGCAUCUCCAGCUCAUGUUUAAUUUUGAAAGGCUGUAAGUUUUAUUCUGUAUCUAAGACUUUUUUACUAUCAGUGUUCAAAGGUGUCAGACAUAUGCGUCUUGUAGGCACCAUGCAGCACCUUACAUUUUGGGCCACUGAUGGUGUUGUGAGGACAUUUGUGACAAGAGAUUAUUGGUUACGGUGGGAAAACAAGAAUUUUCAAUGAAAUUGUAUUCUGAAAGUAUGUAAGGAUUUACCUCUGUGCUCUUUCAAUUACAGCACAACUGCUCCUAAUAAUAGAAGGAAAGGCGUUGAGAUAGAAACGUGUUAUAAUUUCCUAACCUGAUUAGCGUUUUCAUAAAGUCUGCAUUCUUAACCAUAUAGAAUAUUCCAUGUUGGUGUUGACAAAUGCAUUAAUUUGAGUCAAUUCUGACGUAAUAAAACGCUUUUCUCCACA